AUGGCGAGGACGGCUGACGUCGGCGCGGCGGCGUCGAAGCUGUGCGCCGCGGCGCGUCGACGGCGUGAGUACGGCGGGCUCGCGCCGGACGACAUCAGCGUGAUAGUGUUGGACGUGGGAGAAAAGCGUAGCGGCGGCGGCGGUGGGUGUUUCGCGUGCCUCCGCGGCGGCGGCGGCGCGGCGGCGGCGCGGUGA